GACCCUCACAUCUGCAUUCUGACUCGGUCACCGCUCGGACGUCAUUCCCACCAGCGGCACAGUCCUAAAGUCCCUGUGGACACAAACCAACCUCUCAUAUCCCGUAAAAAAACCCUGCUUGUCUUCCGUUGCUGCGCUGAGGAGAAGCCCUCUGGGAGCGGGGAGGCCUCGCAUACCUCUUGUGGCUUUCCGCUGGUGUGUAUUUUGCUCUCCUUCUCCCUCUAUUAUCAUUUUCCUCCCCGCUCUCUUUCUCAUGCCUGUCCGAGACAUUCCAGAUGUGAGCUGUGGCCCGUCUCUGUUUCAGCUAUUCCCUUCCCCUGGCUCCAAAUGAUAACAUCGAGCCGUACGGCGCCGCCGAUCGCCCGCUCCUUUUUCAUUCAUUGCAGCCACUGCUGCUCUGGGAUCUCUACCGGUGGAGAUAUAGAGAUUACACUGACAGUUGGGGCUUUUAAAAAAGGCCCGAUUGGGUUUUUUUUGGAGUAGCUUUUGAGGAAGCAGACAGUCCGAGGGUCAGACAGACAGGAGCUGGCUGGAUUCCUGGCACCGGGGCCGCGCGGGAUGUCCGAGGGAGACGUCACGGUGCUGCCGCUCGGGCCCGCGUCCUGGCAGGAGCACCGGACGCUGACCAGACUGUACUGCCAGAACGGAGGGCAUCACCUGAGGAUUCUGCCAGACGGAGCUGUGAGCGGAGGCAGGCAGGAAAACGACCCCCACGACAUCCUGAGGCUACAGGCCGUGAGUGUGGGAGUGGUGGUCAUCAAGGGCGAGGGGACGGGAAGGUACCUCGCCAUGAGCAAAAGAGGAUGCCUCUAUGGAUCCCCAACACUGAACGAUGAGUGUUACUUCCUGGAGAAGUAUGAAGAAAACCAUCACAACACGUAUUGCUCCCAGAAGUACGCGUGGUACGUGGGGCUGAAGAGGAAUGGGCAGCCCAAGCCGGGACCAGACACCCACCGGGGUCAAAAGGCCGUCUUUUUCCUGCCAAGGCCGCCGGGAAACAUGUGAAAUAAGACGCCAGGAGGAGCCGCAGAUGUGCUCAGUGAAGUCUCAUUCCUGCUCGACGGUAUUCCAUUUAAAGGUCACUGAAAAUCAGUACAGCGGGGCGGCGAGGCCUUUUUUCAUCCCGCUUGUUAAUGCCGAGAAUGUAAGCAGCCGAUUACACUUUAUACGAUUUAUCACAGGGACGUGAGAACGUACACACGGGGGAAUUCUCUCUCUAUCCUUCUCACUCCACACAGAAAACGCAUGAGGUAUCGAUGCAAACCAGCGGUUUAUCGGCGCUGGUAUGCAGCGCCUUUGUGGAACACAUCAAACAGUCCGUUUUUACACAGAAAUAGUUUUGCGAUUGAUCACAUGUGGCACAAAAGAAACCAACAAGGCAGUAAACAUAAAAGAGCCGACCGUCUGGCGUUGGAAUGCAACUUCACGGAGGGAAUAAUAGGACUAAUGUAUUUCAGUGCCUGACCUGUGGGUGCGUCUCGGUGGGGGUUUAAAUGACUGCUAAUCUCAUGCGUGACCAUUUUGGUAAUUUUAUGAUAGCAGAAAAGCGUGCGCGUGAAACACACAGAGCCAGGAUGACAGUGAAACAUUUGUGCGAUUAUUUUACCAUAUUGUUAUUUUGUGACUGAGUCAGCUGACAGUCUGACGGGAAGAUGUGAAAACUUUUUUUUUUUACCAGUCAGGGAAGUUGUUAUUGAGUUGUAUGUUCAUUAAAAGACGGAACAAAAGAAGAAUUUAUCACGCUGAUGAGAUCAAACGCUCAGAAGCGGUUUGUUUGCAGAGAAGGACAAUAUAAUAUUGAGCAUUCCGUCCUGCACCACAUUAAGUUUCCCUUUACUAAGCAAAGUGGCUCCGCUUCCCAAACCAACACUUUUUUUGCCCACAUAUUUCUCCUAAAGUUGAAACACGUGUUACUGUAACACAAUUCUAAGUAAAAUUGCCCAUUGUGAAUAUUUAUUGUAUCGCUGAUACAUUUGCAUUUUUGCAGCAGGUUGUUUAUAUGCGUGUAAUUCAUACAUACAUAAUGAAGGAAAAAAGCUUUGAUUUGAGUGAUUUGAUCACUUUGCUUUUUUUUUUUUUAUUAAGCGUUCUUAAAUGUAUAAAAUAAAGUCUGCAUUACUAUCUGUAAAAAGAUAAAUAUUUGUAUUUUCUGUGACGAUGGUUGAUGAUCUUCUUAAAACGUAACCAAGUGAAUAAAAGUGUUAAAUGUCA